AUGGUUGACCCAGUAGACCCUGCAUUCGCUGACGAUGCAGAUUUUGAUAUGGAGUUCGUUGAUCCCGAGCAUGCCAUGGCCCUUGAGCCGGUAGCUGCUCCUGACACAGUGCUUGAGCAUGAACCUGUUCAUGCUGGCAUACCUAUUGAUCCUGUGAUUGUUGACCCGCCCAUUGAUGAUCACCCUGUCGAUGCUCCGUUGUUGGAGGGAGAUCAUAUUGUUGCUACUGAUCAUGUUGAUCCCCCACUUAUCGCUGAUGCACCUGUUGACCCUCUUGUUGCACCCCAUCAUGAUCCUAUGCCAGUGCAGUUUGACCGUGCACUUUUUGAGGCACAGAUUGACCCCCGAGAUGAGCACGCCCAGCAUGGGUGGAUUCCUACUGAUGACGAGAUUCCACCUAUUCCCCCUCAGACCACCGAGGCACGUCACGUUGAUUUCUCUUUUUCAUUUGCUCCGUACACACCUCCAGCGCGACCUGGAGAGGGUUCUUCGGCCCAUCCCUUUGGACAUGUGCCGACAUCUGUUCCCGUUGUACCACAGUUCUCACCUGUUUUUCCCCCUGUUCCUCCAUUUCCUGUGACGCCUUUCGAUCCAGCCAGUGAGCCAUUCCUUUGGACGUCACCGCCUGUGAUGCCACCAUCAGACCCCUACCAUCCUUUCCACAUGGGGUAUUCUAUCGAGGACGUUCUUAUGUCUUUUGUUGUUCAGCAGGAGGCACUGACUCUACGCAUUCAGGAGCUCGAGAGAGCUCAGCCGCCGCCAUGUCAGUGCCAGAGUCAGACUCACCCUGCUCCCUGCAGCCCCCUCGACCUUUGCUACCAGACUAUGCUGUACGCCUUUUGGCACUAG